GUGAGCUCCUCCCCUGCAUGAUCCUACAGCCCCCAUCCAGAGCACAGAACCCUCCCAGGAGCCGGAGGCGGAAACGAGAGGCUGCCUGGCUGAUCCAAUAAAGGUGGCUGGGGAGAAAGUAGGCAGUCACAGUCGGGCCAGGACAGAGGUGGGACGUUGGCCCCUGGGACUGGCACUCGGCACUGGCUGACUGGGAAGCAGGAGGGGGCCGUGCUGGUGGAGGCAGCUCUGAUCCCUGGGGCAUAACCCAGCACGAAGCACGACGUGGGUGCAGGCCGGCAUGGACGAGGCUCCGACGCCCGCCAGCCCCGCGGGGCUCUCGGCGUACGUGGCCGUGUCCCAGCUGCUGGGCCUGACGCUGCUGGUCACCACGGGCGCCUGGCUGGGUCGCUAUCGGGGUGGUGUGGCCUGGCACAGCCCUCUGCAGUUCAACGUCCACCCCCUCUGCAUGGUCCUGGGCAUGGUGUUCCUCCAAGGUGACGCUCUCCUGGUCUACCGGGUGUUCAGGCACGAAGCCAAGCGCUCCACCAAGGCUCUCCACGCGCUGCUCCAUGGCCUGGCGCUGGUCAUCGCCCUUGUUGGCAUCGUCGCUGUCUUUGAGUCACACCGUGCCAAGGGCAUCCCUGACAUGUACAGCCUGCAUAGCUGGUGUGGGAUGGCCACCUUCGUGCUCUACCUCCUGCAGUGGCUCCUGGGCUGCGGUUUCUUUCUCUUCCCUGGUGCCUCCUUCUCGCUGCGCAGCCAGUACAAGCCCCAUCACAUCUUCUUUGGGAUCUCCCUCUUCAUCCUCUCCAUCGUUGCCUGCCUCUUGGGCAUCACCGAGAUGCUCCUCUUCAAAAUCAGUGACUCCUACAGCCACUUUGUACCUGAGGGCAUCCUGGCCAACACCCUGGGGGUGCUGCUGGUGGCCUUUGGGCUGCUGGUGGGCUACGUGUUGACACGAGAUGACUGGAAGCGCCCGCCCCUGGCUGAAGAGCUGGCCCUCUCCAUGGAUUUCAAGACCCUGACAGAGGGUGAGAGUCCUGGUGAUGGCAGCCAGUGACAUCUCCAGCUCCCUAGCGUGGGCUCCUCGUGGUGUCCAUGGGAUGUCCCUGUGUGCCCUGUCCCCAGUGCCUUGGGGCUCUGUCCAGCUCAGGGUGACAAGGACAGCUGGAGAAGGAAGCAUUUGGUGUACUGCUGCCCAUUGAGUCCAAAGUUGCUUGGCCUUAAUCUUCCUCAGCUGUGCCCUGUGCAACCCCUGGUGCCCCCCCAAAGCCUGUCUCCAGCCCUACGGGGACAGCAGUUCUGCAGGAAGUGGCAGGGGCUGACAGCAGUGCUGGGAUGUGAAGGAUGGGGGUCCCCAGGCUCUGCCCUGCUCUGAGUACUGGGAGCCCAAAGCCUGUUUGCAGAGCUGAUGGCAGAGGGGAGAUUUUGCCUUCACUGAGGUUCCCACUUGCUGGCAGCUCACCACCCUCUAGCGUGGCCACACAUGGCAUCUGCUCCCCAAAAUGGGCUCCCUUGGGGGCUCCCCAGUGUCUGCAAGUUCAGUAUCUUCGUAUCUGAAGCCUUUUCCCCUCUCACAUGAUGUGUUUGUUGUCUGCUCAGUGGAUGCUCCCAACCUAAUAAAUGUUUGCAGCUGA